AUGUCCCGCAGAAGUUCUGUCCCGAUCUCAGCUCCGGUGGACAAUGCCGGUUCGGACUGCAAUGCGAACCAUAAAGAUUCGACUCAAGAUAAACAAAAAAUGCUUCUCUCAGCGGAUACAGGGCAUUUUAGCAUGAUCAGGGCCCUUCAUCUUGCUGAUCUGAUUACUGAAUUAAAUGGAUUCUGUGGAGUGAUGUCGAUAUUUUCUUCGAUGCGAUACUGUCUUGGAGACCCUGAUCAGUUUAGAGAAUUGUGGAUUGCUUUGGCAUUCAUGCCAUUCGGCCUGUUUUUCGACUUCAUGGACGGAAAGGUUGCUAGAUGGAGAAGAAAGUCGUCGCUCAUGGGCCAGGAGCUUGACUCCUUAGCUGAUUUGAUAUCUUUCGGUGUUGCUCCUGCUGCAGCCGCAUUCGCUAUCGGAAUCCGUACACCACUGGACCACGUCGUCCUCGCCUUUUUCGUUCUCUGCGGCCUCACUCGUCUUGCCAGAUUCAACGUCACUGUUGCUACUCUCCCCAAAGACAAAACCGGAAAAUCACAAUACUUUGAAGGAACCCCGAUCCCAACCACCCUAUCUAUCGCCGCUGUGAUGGCAUACUGGGUCUCUAAAGGUUGGGUCUUGGAGGAUAUACCCCUUGGCGUGAUCGCACGUGGUACCCUGUUUGAAUUUCAUCCUGCAGCUGGCCUGUUUGCUCUAUGGGGUUGUCUAAUGAUAAGCAAGACGAUACAUAUCCCUAAACCGUGAAUGGCAUGCAGAAGAACAGAGAGAGGAGAUGCUCUAGGGUUCGACUUAGGAAGAAAAAUCAGUGUUCAAACCAAUUUUAGGUUAAUAACCAGCUAUUUGUGUGCUUUGCGAAAAGCCUUGCUUUACUUCGACCAUUAGAAGGUGGGCAAACGGAAGACAAUAAGACUCGGUUUAUGGGACAGCUGUGUGGUGAAUGUACCGCAAAAUAAAUGCAUUAAAAGUCUAAGAUGCGCUGAGCCAUCGUCAAUCACUGUACUGUAUAACUAGAAUCUCAGAUGCUUGAAUAAUUU